CUGUUGUGCUGCACAGUAGAAGAGACCAGUCCUACUUCAAAAAGCUUUCUAACAACAAGUGGUCUGAGGAGGCAGCCACCUGGUGCAGCGUCCUCCCACUACUGCUGCGACAUCUGGCAGACGAGGUAGAGAGGCGGAGGAGACAGCACACCAACUAGGAGAGAAGAUCAACAAACUGGUUGUACCGCUCUGACACCAGACAGGAAUUCCGUGCUGCGACCACAAAUGGAGCAAAUGAAUGUGACUGACAGCUUAGAGAGCAACUCGACUGACUGUCCGUCCAUCGAUGACUUCCGUAACCAGGUUUACUCCACAGCCUACUCUCUCAUCACCGUGUUAGGCCUGGUUGGGAACGGCCUCGCUCUGGUGGUGCUGUUCAGAACCUCUCGCCAGCGCUCACCCUUUCAAAUCUACAUGCUGAACCUGGCUGUGUCUGAUCUGCUGUGUGUCAUGACACUGCCACUGCGUGUUCUCUACUAUGUAAACAAGGGCCAGUGGAACCAGGGAGAUUUCCUCUGCCGUAUCAGCUCCUACGCCCUCUAUGUAAACCUCUACUGCAGUAUUUACUUCAUGGUUGUCAUGUCUGUGACACGUUUCCUGGCCAUUGUUUUCCCUGUGCAGAACAUGCAGCUAGUGACAGAGAACCGCGCUCGCCUGGUGUGCGCUGGUGUCUGGGUGUUUACUUGUCUUUCAUCUUCACCCUUCCUGAUGUCUGGCCAGCAUUUUGACCCCAGCACAAAUAAAACCAAGUGCUUUGAGCCUCCUGGAGGAGGGAGAGAUGUACGGAAACUAGUCAUACUGAACUAUUUGUCUCUGGUGAUUGGCUUUGUCCUGCCCUUCCUGGUCAUCCUUGUCUGCUACGCUGGCAUUGUCCGUGUCCUGCUGUCUCGUACUCCUUCUGCCCGACGGCAGCAGGGGACGGGCACCCGAGCCAUCCGAAUGAUUGUCAUCGUCCUGCUGACCUUCCUAAUCAGCUUCAUGCCAUACCACGUGCAACGCACCAUCCACCUGAGCUCCCUGUCCCGAAAUGACACCUGCUCAGAGAGGAUUGCCAUUCAGAAGUCUGUGGUGGUGACGCUGUGCCUGGCUGCUUCCAAUUCAUGUUUUGAUCCACUGCUUUAUUUUUUCUCUGGAGAGGGUUUCCGCAGUCGCAUGUCCUCCCUGCGGCAGUCGUUCUCGGGCAGCACCCAUCUCCGUGUAGCCAGGCCGAAGCUCCCCAGAGCCUCAGAGUCCGGGGACAACAACCAGCUGAAGGCCAGUUAAUACACAACACACAGGAGGGUAAUCAAAGCAGCUUCAGAUGUGUUUAAAGAGCUUUGAAUGGCUUGAGUCCUCAUUAACUAACAGGGAAGGAGUUGAUAGAAGAAUAUGAAGGUCAGAAAAAAGGUUCGACAAAUGAGGAUGAAAUUAAUAUUUAAACAUUUAACCUACAAGUCUCAGGAGAAUGUUUUCCAUUACAAUGUAUAUUUAUUAUUCUAAAGAGCUAAUGUGAAGUGGUUCUGCAUUAUAAUUAUGAUAGUAACCAGAGGCCCAUUUUGUCCUAAAAGUUUCACAAAUUGUGGAAUUACAAAUAUAAAUACACAGUAUAUGAAUGUAUGAAUGUACUGUAGAUAAUGUUGAGAUGUGUAUUUUUAUCUGGAAUGUCUUCAAGAGGCUUGAGUUAUCAUCUUGAGUAUCGCCUACAUAUGAAUGUUUAUCAAGAAGGGCUAAAUUCUGAUGACUACCAUAGACCUUUACUUAUCUUGACUGUAUUAUUCUCCUCAUUUUAUACUGAUAUUUCUAGCAUUUUUGUAGAAACCUUUUUUCAUUAUUUAGCAUUGUGCUCUGGUUAUUAUGAUUUUUAAUAUAAUUACUUUUUGUUACUCAAUUUGGAUUCAUAUUUGUUUUUGUGCUACUGAUUUUUUGUAUAAUUUUUGUGUACAUUUUUGUAAAUAAUAAUGUGGGGUUUUUUGCAAUUUUUUUAACCUUUACUUCCUGAUUUCGUGUACUGUAAUCUGAUCUGAGUUUCAGCACAUCAACAGUGAGCUGUUAGGAAAUUCAGGGAUUUGGGACUGUAACGGGGAGUUAUAUGAGAAGAUUAAUACCACUCAAUUCUUUGUAUGGUAAAUAUCUUAGCACAAAGACAAGGGGAAACAGCUAGCGUGGCUCUGUCCAAGGGAAACAAAAUUUACCUGCAAGCACCUCUAAAUCUCUCAAAUUAAAACAUUGUUUGUUUACACCGUGCAGUUUGUGGUUUGUUUCCAGAGUUUCCAGUCUUCAUGCUAAGAUGUCCAGCUGCUGGCUGUAGCUUAUUUUUUACUGUACAGGCCUGAUAGUUGAAUUGAUGUUCACAUCUAACUCUUAGCAUGCGUAUUUCACAAAAUGUUAUUACUAUUAUUUUAAACACCUUAAAGGAUGCUACUGCUUUCUUUUUCUCUGGAAGGGGUUUGGUGACUAUCUUUCAUGUUAUGUAUGAUACCUGAAUUAAUAAAUCAUCCUAAACGUGUCA